AUGGUCGCCUGCAGCAAGAUCGUCCUCCUCGCGACCGGCGCCGCGGCGCUCGUCGCGCCGCCCGCGUCUCACAUGAGACAGGCGACGGCGCUCGCCGCGUCGAAGCAGGAGCCCCACGGCGGCAAGCUCGUGAAUUUGUUCGGCGACGGCUUGAAGGCCGCGGACUGCGACACGACGCUCCAGAUGACGGAGCGGCAGUCGUGCGACGUCGAGCUCCUCUGCAACGGCGGCUUCUCGCCGCUCGACGGCUUCAUGGACGAGGAGACCUACAAGUCGGUGGUGGGCGGCAUGAAGCUGCCGUCGGGCCUCAUGUUCUCGCUGCCCGUCGUCUUCGAUACCAAUGAUGAGAAGCUCGGCCCCGGCUCGAAGAUCCUGCUCAAGCAGGGCGACCUCGACGUCGCGACGUUCGAGGUCUCGGACAAGUACGUGCCGGACAAGCCCCUCGAGUGCCUCAAGUGCUACGGCACGUCGUCGCUCGAGCACCCGGGCACGCAGAUGGUCGCCAUGGAGCGCGGCAAGUACUACCUCGGCGGUAAAUUGACCGGCCUGAACAAGCCGGUCCGCGAGUUCCCGUGCGAGACGCCGGAAGAGGUGCGCGCGCGUUUACCGGAUGACGUCGACAUCGUCGCCUUCCAGUGCCGCAACCCCGUGCACCGCGCGCACUACGAGCUCUUCACGCGGGCCCUCGACGCGCCGAACGUCGGCGCCGACGGCGUGGUGCUCGUCCACCCGACCUGCGGCCCGACGCAGCCGGGCGACAUCCCCGGCACGGUGCGCUACAAGACCUACGAGGUGCUCAAGGAGGAGACGGCGAACCCGCGGACCUUCUGGGCCUACCUGCCCUACUCGAUGCACAUGGCCGGCCCGCGCGAGGCCAUCCACCACAUGAUGAUCCGCAAGAACUUCGGCUGCACGCACUUUAUUAUUGGGCGCGACAUGGCCGGCUGCAAGUCCAGCAUCGACGAGGAGGACUUCUACGGCGCCUACGACGCGCAGGACUUCGCGCUCGAGAACGGCCCGAAGAUGGGCAUGCAGGCCGUGCCCUCGCUGAACCUCGUCUACACCGACGAGGAGGGCUACGUCACGGCCGAGGAGGCCAAGGAGAAGGAGCUCUCGGCCCUUAAAUUGUCGGGCACGAAGUUCCGCAAGAUGCUCCGCGGCGGCGAGGACAUCCCGGAAUGGUUCGCCUUCAAGUCCGUCGUGGAGGUGCUCCGCCAGAACGCCUAGGCGUGUUUUACCCCUCGUGUAUAAUCUCGUCCAAGUACUACUUCGUAAUGUUCGAACGCAACGCACAUGACACAAAACCAGAUGUUAGCGAAGCACGGCGGCGGCGGCCGCAAGACUCGCGGCGAGCGCGGCGGCGGCGAGGGACGCCGUCGCGAGCGCCGUCCGUUGCGGCGGCGGCGGUUUAGGCGGUGGCGCCCGAGGUUUUCGCCGCCGCGCCGCCGUCGCGUCCGCCACGCUCGUCGACGCGACCGCCGGCUCGGGCGCGGGCGGCGCCGGCGCCAGGUCCUCUAUAUCUUUCGUCGCGAGCGCGAGCUGGCCGCACGCGGCGUUGAUGUCCUGGCCGAACUCCUCGCGCAGGCGCACGCGGAGGCCGCCCUCUAUAACAAUUUUGCCGAAGGCCCGACAGCUUUCGAUGGAGGGCGCCUCGAAGCCGUGUAAGGUGGCUGUGACGUUC